CAUAUAUGUUCUUGUCUUGCUGUCGUCCCGGGUGUCAUCGAGCUGCUAUCCGUUCAUGAGCCCUUUGCUCCUCUGUCUGCUCUUGAAUGGAGGCUUGCGCAAUGUUCCUUUCCCUUAUGUAUGAUUUCUAGAGCCCCUCCAAUCUUCCUGGACGCGGUCUUGGGCGCAAUCACGGACUGCCUCCGCUCAGCGGCCAGAUGCCACCAUGGGACUCGACCCUCUCUCCCCUAUCGCCCCUGCGCGUCUGCGAGCGCUUCUUCUUCCUGUCGGCAAGAUCAAACGCUCGCGUUUCCUGAGCUUUGCCGCAAGGCUACAGGCUGAGAAUGUCGUUCGACUCGGGGACAUCAGCCCGGACUCGCGGCCCAACAGAAACAUGUUUUCUCCCCUAGCAUUCCCCACUGGAAUGAUAAUAUACGACCUUUCUAUUUCGGUUCCGCCGACUUCUCAUCUAGAGCUAUUCCCGUUCGAAGUAUUCAGGGAACCUUUGGUUGUAAUAGGAAUUGCGGAUGGCACUGAGCUCCCUGGGCCGUCAGAGAUCUCGAAUGGCGCCCCGGUAAUACCGUCACAAGAAUCCGGUACGCUCAAACCGCCAACCCCUCACGGACUCGAGGGUCUAUUGGAGGAGUUGAAACUGGUCAAGGAACAUAAUCCAAGAGCGCAGGUCCACCAGUUACUUGUGUUUGAUUAUCAUGGUCUGGAUAAGCUUGUUAGUGGUCCUGAAGAGGUCACAUGGGUUCCCCGGCCGGAAGCCUCGAAGGCGACAACUAUAAAGACCGUAUUGUGCGACAUUACCUCACUUCUUUUGGGCGAGCUUGAUGAGUUCGCAAAGAUAAUGCAGAGUAUACCCUCAAUUGAAUCCCCGCGGGCAUCUUCCUGGGGGCCUCGGCGGAAUCCAGAGCUUCGUCCGCGACCAGUAGACAAACUCUUACAUCGAGUGACUAUGCCUGCACAGCUACCGUCCACACCAAACGGUGCCCCCGAUGGCCAUCCAGCGUCUGGACGCAGUUCACCAGCCUCCGCAGAUCAUGAUUCUCCCACCACGUUCGAUGAAAUCACUCGGUCCAUACAGUUGGCUAACCGUGCCAGUUCUCUGGGGAAGCCUAGUUCAGCAUCUUCUUCCAAAGAGCACAGCCGUGACCGGAUGUCAGUGCAGGGGUUAAGUGCAACAGACCGGACCAAAAAUCGCAUUAAAGGACGGUUCGGGGUAGUAGUCGGUACCCUGUUUCUCCAGGCUGGUCGGUGGCCAGACGCUCUGAAAGAAUUAGUUGAGGCUGCAUCUAUGGCAAGAGCUAGCAGUGAUUAUGUUUGGCACGGAAAAGCACUUGAGUCUAUCCUUCUUUGUUUAUUGAUGUUUGGCUGGGCCGGGAUGGAUUUUCAAAUACCCCCCAUUUGCUAUCCCGUUGCGGAUAAAUCGAGUUCUAAGGCAUCAUACUAUACGGCAUCUGCCCCGGGUAUCGACACAUCUACUCUGGGACAGGCUGGCCCUGGAAACCGUAUCGUCUCUCUACAGAAUCUAGCUAAUUUGCUACCUGAUCUGUCAAAUAACAUCCUGAACCUGUAUAAUCGCGCUGCCAACAUAACUGACGAACCUCUGCCCCAGCUCGUAUAUUCAGAGACUGUCAUACGUCUGGCGAGACUACAGACGGCAGUGAGAAUACGAGAUGGGACGCUGGAUGACAAUGCCCUGCAACAUGUCGUUAUGAACGAGCCAUUGGUGCCUGUGCAUAAUCCAGAACGCCCCGUUGGCGCGACAUUAUUGCGCAAAACUGAUAUAUCCAACUUUUUGCUUCGUGCUCUGCCUCUUUCUCCUGGCUCUGAGCUCCCAGCGACAGACUCGGUGCCCAUCCUAGUCGGUAUAGCAUCGGUUCUCGGCACACUCGAUCUACCGAGGAAGAAAGCUUUUAUCUUGAGAGAACUCCUAUCCGUCAUGGUACCAAGCCUAGUUCAGGCUAGAAAAAUUGGCGCUGCGGAAAUAGGUAUUCAUCCAGCAGCAGGUCUCUCAUCUCUAAGCGAUGCGGCAUUCGACAUAAAUGCGCUCGAUAUGGGUCCAGGAAAUAUGGAGUCUACCGUGCGUACUCUGCUUGCCUCGAUUGGAGAGACAUAUGGCGUGCAACCAUCGGCGUCCCAUGAGUUUGAGCGGCACCGACGUUUGUCGGCGAUGUCGAACCUCGAGGGCAAUACGGAAUAUGAUUCAGUGGCUGCGAUUGUCGAACGGUCGUUCCGCCACGUGGCUUUGAAUGGGUAUGGAGACCUGGACUUGAAGAUUGAUGUUCUCAAAGCAUCGAUCAACUUUUGUGAGGCGCUUCCUGAUUUCGAGGGAGUCCUUCGGUUCACCGUGGAACUUCUGCAGACUAUCAGAGGUGAUUUGAUGCUCCCCGAAUACGAUCGUCUUACGCCGUCACUGUCCCCUGAAGAACAGAUUCGCCUCCUCAACAAUAUUAAACGAACGGUGGGGGCUGCUCGUAAACUCGGGGCGCCAAAUCUGGAAGCCGAAUACUGGGAUGACUUUUUGAUCCGUGGAGUUGAACUGCUGGAGUUACCUCACUUCAAAAGGCCUAUCCGCCGAACGAAAAAGGACUGGAAUGCAGCAACAGCUAGCAGCGAUAGGUCCAAAAAGGACCCGUUCCUGUACAGCCCUUUUUCAAAGCCAAGCAGCAAGGCGUCAGAGCCGCUGCUUAUUGCCGGGGAACCAGCCUCCUUCAAAGUCACUCUUCAAAAUCCGUAUGAAUUCGAUGUAGAGAUCGAAAGUCUGAGACUUGACGGUGAAGGCGUACCACUGGACGCCGUCGCGCAAGGAAUCUGGCUACCUCCACUCUCGAUUCAGGAGGUUAUUCUUUCAGGUGUUGCACAUGAUGAAGGUACACUGAACGUCACUGGCUGCAUUGUGAAGGUUCAGCAUUGCAGGCAGCGAAAGUUCCCUAUCUUCUCUAAACUGUGGAAACCUGAACCGGAGACGAAGUUCAAACGGACAGGGCUCUCCGCAAAAAAGCCGGUUUGUGAACGCCCCUUUUCCUGGAGCUCCACGACUUCAAUAGGAGGAAAGUUACUUUCGAAGAAGGGCCCUGAGACAUCGUCGUGUCCGAUCACUGUCAUAAAGAAGCAGCCUACCGUCCUUGUACAAUCAGUGUCGCUAUCGCAGUCAGCAAUCAUGGUUCUGGAGGGCGAGACAAGAUCUUUCGAAGUCACACUCCAGAACACCUCCUCUUGCCCUGCUGAUUUUGUCCUGUUCACCUUCCAAGAUUCUACUACCAGGCAACUCCAAUCUGCUCUGAGCAAUAGAGAUCUUCUCCCUGCCGAGAUAUAUGAGCUAGAGCUCCAAUUACUGACCAAGCACCCGUUACGGUGGCGCCGGAAAAAUGCCGAUGCUAGCGAUUUAUCUAUUCCACCGGGCCAGAGUGCUACUUUCACGGUUGAAGUUUUUGGAAAGCCAGGCUUACAAGACGCUAUUGUGCAAAUCGACUAUUGCCAUGUUGGCACUUCUUCGUCGGAUUUACCAGAAGUCUUCUAUACCAGGCAAAUGCUGCUGCCGAUUACGAUCACUGUUAACGCCAGCAUAGAGGUAGCUCGUUGCGAUAUACUUCCGUUGAGUGGUGAUCUAGCAUGGUCCAACAUUGGUGACCAUAAGUAUGAUACCGAUGGCGAUCCUUCCGGGACGGCGAAUGGACCCUUGGUGAGCACUUCGAAGAAGAGUGACGAACAGUUCCCAUCGCUUUUCUCUCGACUUGGGUUGUCCGAGAAAGCUUCUGAGCAUUGUCUUCUUCUGCUGGACCUUCGCAACGCGUGGCCAGAGCCAAUAUCUGUAUCACUCUAUUCCAGUGAAGAACCUGACCGAGUACCGACGGACAGCAAUAUUGAUCAAGCUGUUGUCACUGGAAAUCUCCAACCUGGCCAGACAUCGCGUUUCGUUCUUGUUAUUCCGCGCAUCUUUUUGGACGAUCCUCAUGCUUCGAUUCCUGUUCUCGAUACAGGCUUAAAGAGACAAUUUGUGGUCAGCGCUAAUAAACUAUCUUUUGAGGCUGAAGCCGCUUCCAGAGAGGCGUUCUGGUACAGGGAAGACCUUCUCAAGCGCAUCUUUGGGUUGUGGAGAGAAGAAAACAGUGGAAGACAGGGUGAGAUAGAAUUCCGCAAUAUUCGUCUCAGCCCACGAAUGGUGGAUGCGAUGCGAAUGGAGGAUGUUGAUAUUUCAUUCUCCUUGAAUCCUAUGAACGUCGGCAGUGGCGACGGUGAACAGGGCGGCCAAACGAACGCUAUCACUCGGGUCGGACAUGCGAAAUACGCUGUCAGGACGGACGACUUCCUCACGCUUUCUGUGAAGGUCCACAACCGUUCUUCAAGACCUAUCCACCCUCUACUUCGAUUACAGCCUGGUCUUCGGAACCAGCCGAAUGCAGUCGCCCUCGACCUUUCCCGGCGCAUGGCUUGGACCGGAAUGCUGCAGCGCGUAUUGCCGAUAGUGAAAGGCGGGGAAACAGCAGAGGCGACAUUGAGCGUAACCAUCCUUACUAGAGGAGAGUAUGAAUUCGGAGCCAGUGUUGAGGAAGUUAGGGUUCUGAAACCUCUGCCUCGCUCAGCGAAGAGCGAUCAAGAUGGACAAACGAGGCGUGCAACCUUCUCUGAACGAGAAGAUAUCAUCGAAGACACCUUCGGCGUAGGGGUAACCAAAACCAGACGCAUAUGGCAUGCCAGAGAGACAUGUGUAUUAUCUGCCCAUGACUAAAACCACAGCCCUCUUCUCAACUUCUUUCCGCUUGCUAUCCCACGACGAAUCCGGAGCGGGAGCCAUAUCUCUCUUCUCCAAUUGAAAGUUCCAAAGAACAUCAUGAUUGCAAUAUUUUCAAUGACGCGUAUCCCGCAUUUUAUUAUCCUUUUUUUCUCCCUGCGCGAACGCGGAGACACGAACGAGUACGGCUUACGAAUUGUACAUAGAGAAAGUGCAUAGGCUUUCAACAUUGCGGUUCUCGAGUCCCCAGCUGGGGGCUAUCUACGGAAUUAUGGUGGUUCAUGUAAUGCAUAGUUAAGUCUACCUUGUUAGUUGGGGUGGAUUGUUAUGUCGUUUCCGUUGAGACAAGGUUAUUUUUGGGUCU